CGGCGAUCGUUGACAGCGAAGCGUCGCGCGCGUCGCGCAAACAACAAUCCGAACGACACAACACCAACACAACAUUCAAGUUCCUCAUUAACAGUUCAGUGGGUGUUAUGGUGUGACUACAUAGUUCCUUGUGAUCUGACUGACACCUCAAGUGCUGUUCGAGUUUAAUUGUUGUUUUUUUUUUUGGAUACUGGACAAGUGCAAAAGUGACUGUGCGUGCUUAUGCUAUGCCGCAGAUACUAGCUUAGCAGUCUUCUGCGGGCGAUGCUCACAGGAGAGCAUGUGAUGCCGGCCUUUGACGCCCGGCGCCAUGCCCACGCCGCUGCAGCCCGGCGGCCCCGCUAGCGGCCCGCCCCCGGAGCGCAAGCGGCGCCGCAAGCGCGACGAUCCGCAAAGCUCAGCCGCGCUCGAGCCUGACGACGACGACGGCGACAUGAGUCCUGAGGAGGAGCCGCGCAAUGCUCCCGCAGCACCAGCGGCGCCCACGCCCGCACCUUCCUCCGCACCCGCGCCAACCUCACCCCCUGCUGCACCCGAUGCCGUUGAUCUCACUUCCCGACGUGACUCCCCGCCGCUUUCUUCAGACGUCGAGCGAUUCGAUGGCAAAAUUGUCUACAAUCCUGAUGGAUCAGCCUACAUUAUUGAGGACCCUGAACUAUCAGAGGGUGAAACUAGCCUACCCGACUUACCUAAAAUAGAACCUGGGUGCAUCGUCGAUAGUCGCGACAGUAACAUCGUUGAGAGACAACUGGAAUUUCCUCAGAUUGCGAGUGCUUUCUAUGUAUCGAGAAACCCGUCGUUAUAUGGAGCUCUAUACGGAAGAUUAGCGGCAGAGAGAGCACGAGCAAGGCCUGAUGCGCCAGUAAUGCAUAGCUACCGAGUGUUCAGUUUUCGUGGAGCUAAGGACGCACCUAGGCCGACAUCUCCGCCAAAUGAGUGUCCCAUCAGCGUACCAGUGAAACCGAUCCUUAUGUGUUUUAUAUGUAAAUUAAGUUUUGGAUAUGCUAAAUCUUUUGUGGCGCAUGCGCAAUCUGAUCAUAGUUUAUCAUUAUUAGACUCUGAGAGAGACGCUUUAUCAAGAGAGAAUGCAUCUGCUAUUAUUCAAUGCGUUGGAAAAGAUAAAGAGCCACUAGUCUCAUUUUUAGAACCCGUAGGUACUGCUGCACCACCUCGUGCACCAGUAUCUGAUAGUCCUGCAAAUAUGUCAGAGCUUUCAAGCCCAUCCAUAGAUAAAAGACCUGACACCAUGAUUCCCGAUAGAGAUAAUGAUUCCGGAUUGCCAAAUGGCACAUGUGACGAAAGAAGGCCAAGUCCAAAUGCAUGGAGACCACCAAGAUCAAUAGCAGAAUCUAUGGUACAGCAGCAUUCCUUGAUCUCAGUUGCACACCCUCACACAAUUAACGCUUCUGUGCAACCAAGAAUCAGUCCAAAUUCUUCUCCACCAUUCCAGGCGACUCCACCAGCUUUCCUUUCUGGUACGACGAUAGGAGUGUGCCCGGAUCACCUUGGUGGCCGCCCUUCAGGUGCUGAAUGUCCUAAAUGUGAAUUAAUAUUAAACUCUGGACGAUUAGGUGGUCCGUUAGCUGGUAUGCAUAGUCGAAACUCCUGCAAAACCUUGAAAUGCCCUAAAUGCAACUGGCAUUAUAAAUAUCAAGAAACAUUAGAAAUUCAUAUGAAAGAAAAACAUCCUGAAGCUGAAACAAGUUGCAUUUAUUGUAUAGCUGGACAACCACAUCCAAGGUUAGCGCGAGGUGAAACUUAUACCUGCGGAUACAAACCUUAUCGCUGUGAAGUUUGUAAUUACUCCACAACCACCAAAGGAAAUCUUAGCAUACAUAUGCAAUCCGAUAAACAUUUAAAUAAUAUGCAAGAAUUACAAAAUGGUGGCAAUCCAGGAGAAGGAAAUCUGCCUCCUGCACCCCAACAUACACCUCCAGGUGCUCAUAAGCCACCAUUGCCUCAUCACUCGCCUUUAGGUCAGAAACCUAAGCCAACUUUCAGAUGCGACGUUUGCAAUUAUGAAACAAACGUGGCACGUAACCUGAGAAUUCAUAUGACGUCUGAAAAACAUACCCACAAUAUGUUAGUACUACAACAAAAUGUUAAACAUAUGCAAACGUUAUCUGCAUUACAUCACAGACAACAGAGCCAGCAGCAGUUGGAAAGCUUAUUACAUUUCCAUGGGGGUGAUGCACCUCCACCUAAUCCAGAAGCUGCUCUAGCUGAUAUGGCUUACAAUCAAGCAUUAAUGAUACAACUAAUGACUGGAGGCCCUGGACCCUCUCCACCUGAGUUAGGAGCCCAUCUUGAUGUUGGCUUAAAUCCAGAAGCCAUGGAACCACCUCCAGAACCAGCGGACCCAGAACCAGAAAGAACCUUUCAUUGUUGUAUUUGUAACUGCUUUUCUACAGAUUCUUUAGAAGCUCUCGGUCAUCACUUAGCUCAAGAUCGUACAAAGAUUAGAGAGCAAGAAAUUUUGGCACUGGUCGCCGGACACUAUGUUUGCAAACUGUGUACAUAUAAGACAAAUUUGAAAGCAAACUUUCAACUUCACUGCAAGACUGACAAACAUUUACAAAGAUUACAACAUGUUAACCAUGUGAAAGAAGGAGGACCAAGGAACGAGUGGAAGUUGAAAUUUUGUGGAGGCGUAGGAACGGGUGGUGCUGGCGUCGGUGGAGUACAAGUCAGAUGCUGCGCGUGUGAUUAUUACACUAACUCGGCUCAUAAACUGCAACUUCACGCAGCAGGUGCUAGACACGAAGCUGCUACUCUAUUAUUGAGACAUCUUCGGGAUUGUGCAUCUCGGAUUCCACGUGAACGUCCUCGGGUGUAUCGAUGUGCUCUUUGUGGUUUCGGAGCUCCUCACCGCCUACCCCUGUUGCAACAUGUUCGAUCAGUGAAACAUUUGCAAAUGGAACAAAUACAUCAAUUGCAGCGACGUUCCGAAGGCAAGGAUCCAACUCCAGAUGUCGCGGAGCUAUUCCAAGUUAUUCCUCAGCCACCAGAAUUACCAAGCCCAUUUGAUCAACAAGAAAAUGAUAACAAAGAGCCGAUUGAUCAGAAGCCAGAGUUGACUCAAGAGCAGAAGAUGUUGAGAUUUUUAGAACAACAUCAACAACAACAGAUGCAGCAACAACAACAGCAAGCGCAGCAAAGCUCCAGUGACAGAGACGAGGAGAGAGAAACGCCAGGGCCGCACGCUUGCUCUUAUUGCAACUUCAGUUGUGGAAGUGAGGCUCGGCUACAUGCUCACCUCACAUCUAUUCACGGUGACACAGUACGACAUUUCAUCUGCCCGCUAUGUCAAGAUGCAUUCAAAGAAAGACCAGCUCUUGAACGACAUGUUAUGCAAAUACAUUCAGUAAAUUCGGAAGGCUUACAGCGAUUAUUAUUACUCGUUGAUCAAAGUCAUUGGCUCAAUGGUAGCUCUCAAUCACAAAGAGAUGACUCUAAGCAAGGCGAAGAUGAACGGGAAAUUGCGUCUCCACGCUCAGAAGGCAGCGCAGAUGGUGAAACAGAAAGAUGUUCAACUUGUAAUCGUACUUUCCGUAAUGUCGAUGAACUGUGUCAGCACCAAAAUGAGUCCGGUCAUUUAGAACUGAAACAAACACCUCAAGGACCGGGUUAUGUGUGCUGGAAGAAAGGAUGCAAUCGAUACUUUGAUGCUGCCCAUGCUCUCCAAAACCAUUUUAGAGAAGCUCACGCCCGAAAUUCGAUUGCAAAUAUGUCUGUAUCUGAAAAACAUGUUUAUAAAUAUCGUUGCAACCAAUGUAGUCUUGCAUUUAAAACAGUUGAAAAAUUACAACUUCAUUCACAGUAUCAUGUCAUAAGAGAUGCCACUAAAUGUGUACUCUGUGGUAGAAGCUUUAGAUCAGUACUAGCCCUACAAAAACACGUCGAAACAUCACAUCCUGAGCUCUCAGAAGAAGAACUUAAUGCAUUUAAAAGAAGUCUUGCAUCAAAUCCAUUAUUGCAAACCAAUCAAGGUACAGCAUUGGACUCUGCAACUGCUGAGUUAUUGCGUAAAGAGGCACUGCGAUCGCCUGAUGAUGAACUAGCAGAUACGGAGGACAGAGAUUCUAGCGCUACUGUUGCUGACGAAUCCGCUCAUAACGAUGCUGAAAAUUCUGAUGAUUCAAUAAUUUACAAAGAUCAACAAUUUUUGGAAGAUUAUUUAAAUUCUCAAGCUAUGGCUGAAGAUUCCUACAACGAUCCUAAUCGCAAGUACAAAUGUCACCGAUGCAAAGUGGCAUUCACCCGUCAAUCGUACUUGACAGCUCAUAAUAAAACACUUUUACACAGAAAAGGUGAAAAACUCACAUAUCCAAUGGAAAAAUAUCUUGACCCCAAUAGGCCAUUCAAAUGUGAUGUAUGCAAAGAGUCGUUCACACAAAAGAAUAUCUUGUUAGUUCAUUAUAACAGCGUGAGCCAUUUGCACAAAUUGAAACGAGCCAUGCAAGAACAACAGAAUAAUAACAACCCUCCCGUGUCCCCUGGGGCAGGCUCCGCGCCCUCUAAUUUGACACUCACACCAAAAAGUACGUCAAGUGAAGAGGACGAUCGUAAACGCUACAAAUGUAAUAUUUGUAAAGUAGCUUAUACGCAAGGCAGUACACUCGAUAUUCAUAUGAGAUCGGUAUUACAUCAAACCAGAGCGGGAAAAUUGCAAGAGCUCGCCGCGGCCGGACACGUGGAUUUGACACGACCUUUGGUAGAGCAGCCGGACAGGAACGACCCCGCCAAAAUUUUACAAGACGUGUUGUCGCCAAAAAAUACAUCCCCUUCGUCAACAAGUAGUGGGGGCCCGCGCUCAUCGCCCCCCGCGCGCCCAGGUAGCCCGCGAUCCCCGCGCGCAGGUAGCGCCUCCUGCGAUCGCUGCCACGCGUCAUUUACAAACGGGGACUUACUCGACGCACAUCGUGCGACCGCAUGUCCAUUUGGCGAUGCGCGGGCGCAUUCGCCUCUUGGUGACGCAGAAGUUGCGGCAUUAGACGAGAUGGUAGCCAAAGGCAAUCCGCCUAAACGAAACUCACAGAUGUAUAAACAAUUACUAGAAACCUUCGGCUUCGAUCUCGUCAUGCAAUAUAAUGAAAACCAACGGCGGAAACUACAAGAAGAACGUGAAAUGGUACGAGCACCUAGUCCGCCUCCGCCACCUCCAGAAGAAAAACCGCCGGACAGUGAAACGAAAUCGACGUGUCAACAUUGCAACAAAGAAUUUUCAAGUGUAUUCGUGUUAAAAACUCAUUGUGAAGAAGUGCAUAAAGACAAAGUUCCCCUGGAGUUCCUCGAACAGUUCGCAGAACAAUUCAAAUCGGAAUAUGAAAGGAAAUCUGGUGCGCCGAACUCACCACGUGCUGCGUCGCCUGCGCCGCAGGGUGACAGGUCACCUUCGCCUCGCGGUGACGGUGCUGGAAACUUUAAUGAGAAUGGCAAUGCCUCUGGCGAGGCACAAGCUGGAGCUUUAUUAGCAGCGCAAGUGCAAGAAAUGCAGGCUGCAUUAAAUAUGCUGCAACUUCAACAACAACUGGGUCAAUUGCAUCCAAUGGUCGCGCAGAUGCUCUCACUCGGUCUUCCUUUGGGCCUGAACGUUGGGGCCCUUGCAGCUAUGAACCUACAACCUCCACUGGUGCCGCUAAUGCUGCCCCCGCCACCCUUUGACGCAAUGCCCUUUGCCCAUGACGCACAAUUAAAACAACAGCAGUUAAUUCAACAACAGCAACAGGCAAACGCUGCCGCAGGACAAAAGCGAGCUCGUACUCGUAUUACUGAUGAGCAGUUAAAGAUUCUGCGUGCACACUUCGAUAUCAACAACUCUCCUAGUGAUGAAGCGAUAGCUAAAAUGGCUAAACAAUCAGGACUUGCGACCAAAGUAAUUAAGCACUGGUUUAGAAAUACGCUUUUCAAAGAGCGCCAAAGAAACAAGGAUUCUCCGUACAACUUUAAUAAUCCUCCAUCGACUACGCUCAACCUUGAGGAAUAUGAAAAAACUGGGGAAGCCAAAGUCACUCCGUUAGAUACAUCCGCCAGUUCUGAUGAAGGUAAACCACCACCAGAAAAGAAAGCUAAAAUAGAAGAUGUACUUUCAAAUAACCAACAAGAUGUAAAGUCGGAACCAAACGAUGAACCCACAAUGGAAGAAAAAUAUAAUUCGUAUGAAGACAGACAUCAAGAAGAUAAAAGCUUUAUUUUUCCUCAGGCUCCAUCACAAAGUCCUGCACCAAAUAUGAACCAUUCUGAUCAUGUACAAAAUAUAUCGAGGCCACAGACGCCAACACAUCUUUCCUUAAAUUCUUUGAUUCAGUCGCAAUUAGACUCUAUUCCGGCUACUAGUAUACCACAACCGCCUCAUCCGUCGAUGUUACCACCAAAACUAAAUCCAAAUUUCACGUCCCCAAACUCCGCGCCCCCGAACGUCCUACCUUUGACCCCAAAUCGCAGCCUCAGUCCUGGCAGGGGACCGGCCGAUUUCGGACUUUCCGGGGGCAACUCGAACGGAUCCAACAGCUCGGGGUCUUCUGGCAAACGCGCCAACAGAACUAGAUUUACUGACUACCAAAUCAAAGUUCUACAAGAAUUUUUUGAAAACAAUGCUUAUCCAAAAGAUGAUGAUUUAGAAUAUUUAUCGAAACUACUGGGAUUAAGUCCUCGUGUUAUUGUUGUUUGGUUUCAAAACGCACGACAAAAGGCGAGAAAAGUAUAUGAAAAUCAACCUGCUGCUGAACCACCAGCCGGUGCUACAGAUGAUGCUAAUAGAUUUCAAAGAACACCUGGGCUUAACUAUCAAUGCAAAAAGUGCCAACUGGUUUUCCAGAGAUAUUAUGAAUUAAUAAGACAUCAAAAAACGCACUGUUUUAAAGAAGAAGAUGCUAAAAGAUCAGCUCAAGCGCAAGCAGCAGCCGCACAAGUAGCAGCUACGUUAAGUAGCGAAGAUUCAAAUUCAAGUACUGUGGAACAUCAUACUCCACAUAUACCAGUGUCUCCAGCACCGCCUCGUACUCCAACACCAGCUGCCACUAAUUAUCCAGUGUCACCCGCCCCUCCAGCCCCUCAUACCCCAGUUACGCCAUUGGCGCAUACCCCACGUGAUGAAAAAGAUGGAAAUUUUCAAUGUGAUAAAUGUAACCUAGUCUUCCCUCGAUUUGAUUUGUGGCGAGAACACCAACUUGUUCACAUAAUGAAUCCGAAUUUGUUUCCCACAUAUCCUCCAGAUUCUCCAUUUGGCAUCUUACAGCAGCAUGCUCAACUUCAACAGUUAAACGCUUCGUUAGGAAAUGAUGAAGCUAGACAUCCAUUAGUGGCAGCAUUAAACCAACAAGUAGCUAAAAGAAAAUUUGAUGACUUUGAAGAGACCGAAAUUGGAGAACAACCUAAAGACAAGAGAUUAAGAACGACAAUCUUGCCAGAACAAUUAGAUUAUCUUUAUCAAAAAUAUCAAAUAGAAUCUAAUCCUUCUCGUAAAAUGCUCGAAAAUAUAGCACGAGAGGUGGGAUUAAAAAAGAGAGUGGUUCAAGUUUGGUUUCAAAAUACACGAGCACGUGAAAGAAAAGGACAAUUUCGUGCUCAUGCACAGGUCAUAAAUAAGCGAUGCCCAUUUUGUCCAGCUCUAUUUAAAGUAAAAAGUGCAUUAGAAAGCCAUCUGAGUACGAAGCACGCAGAUCAAUGUGCGAGAGGUGAAAUUAAUGUAGAUGCAUUACCAGAUGAAGAAUUGAGUACAGAAUCAACACCUAGUUUUGGCUCGCAACAAAGUGACAGACAGCAAAAUUUUUCCCAAGGGGGGGCUCCCAUGUUGCCCCCUAUAUUCCCGCCUUUUCACUCAGACAUGGAGAAAUUUAUCAAGCAGUACAGUGAAGAAUCGAUGAAACGAUAUGUAAGCGAAUUGCAAGCACAUGCAGCUGCUCAACAAAAUGGUAACAAUGAAACCAGUGAAAGACGACCAGAACAUGGAAAAUCCGAGAUACCCUUAGAUCUUAGCAAGCCCGUUGACCUAUCAAGACCUGGCUCUGAUGCUGAUGAGCGGUCAGAUACUGCAUCAGAAACGAUGGAAUUCUAUGAAGAAGACGAGCCCACGUCACCACUGACAGGCCAGCCACAGACUCCCAGACCUCCUGGCAAACGCUUCCGUACACAAAUGUCAUCACUACAAGUAAAAAUAAUGAAAUCAUUAUUUAAUGACUACAAAACGCCAACGAUGGCAGAAUGUGAAGCUCUCGGGCGUGAGAUCGGCUUACCGAAGAGAGUAGUACAAGUUUGGUUCCAAAACGCACGUGCCAAAGAAAAGAAAGCUCGGCUCGCGGCUGGUCUGUCAGAGGUGUCUGAUGCUGCACCACCAGAUGAGUGUCGCGUGUGUGAUUUCAAAUACAGUCAUAAGUACUCAGUGCAAGACCACGUGUUCACGCGCGGGCAUAUCGCGGCAGUGCGCGCGCGGCUGGAAAGCGGCGUAGGCGGUGGCGAGGACAGCAGCACGCUUGCACUUAUGCAAAUGGCAGCACGCCUAGAGGGCGGCAUCGGUGGGGAUCUGCACAACGCGUUCCUGCGACCUCAGCUCGCUGGCAAUGGUGAGUGCACCUGAUCUCCGUUGUCGCCUAACGCUGCCAAGCGCUGCGCGACUUCGGACCUUAUUGUUUAAAAACCUCGUGAGACAUUCCUAUUCUGCCACAUUGUCACCUUUGUAUAUCGGAAAACUUCGCAAAGUAUGUGUGGUAUAGAAGGAAUAGCUCAAUUUCGCAGCGGCGAGCUUCGCACGAUCUAAUUAAUGCAAGUAAUUAUUUUUGUUUGAUAAUGCCACGCUUACAUAUGAUUCGAGCGAAGCUCUAUUCGUGCCGUGACGGUCGUUGCUCUAUUUUCCUACUAGUGAGUCCUUUUGUAAAUAAAAUUUAGAUGUUACUUGAAUAGUUUUACAAUAUCGUCACGCAGCGUCGGUUGUUCAAUUUAAAAUUAAUAUUAUAAACGAGACGUAGUAUGUAUUCAUAACGGGUAAACGGAUCCUCAAAUAAAUGGUUUUCUAUUCGGUUUGUCUCAUGCGAAAACUAAUGGAGGCACGUACACGACCGAUUCAAUCUCAGAAAUUAUUUUGUAAUUCAAAUAAUUACCAAGUACCUACCUAUCGCUCGAAGCGUGGCAACCUGACCGAAACAGUAAAAAACAUUUCUCAAUCUACUGAUAAUAAUGUAACCUUAAAAUUAGUGUGAAAUGGAUUAUUUUUUCUGUGGCUCAGGUGCCAGGUGGUUUGUUUUCGUUUAAUUGCGACUGUAGUUAUUGUCCGGGUGACGGGUUUCAGGAGGAGAGGUUGGUCAAUGGGCGUUAUAUGCCGCGGCCGCUAUUCAAAUGCAAACGAUAUAACAAUGGUAGGAGAUGGGACGCAUGAAGGACGCCCGCCGUGGAUCUAAUGUAGCCGAUCUGACGCUUGCAUUUCUCUCCACAUGAAUAAUCAAUUAUUCAAAUGACUCCAAUCAGAAUACUUUCUUGGAAAUUUGACUGGAAUGCCUUUUAUUGCUUUAUUUUCCUUUUAUUUAUUUUUUGGAACAACCAACGUUGCGGGGUCGUGUAGACUAGUGAUCUGUUGCAUAAUAUUAUUCUUCCUAGUUGUUCAUAUUUAAAACUCCUAUUAGAUGUAGCGUUUUAUCGAUUGUUGUAGGAUGUAAUGAAAACCAAAUUAUAUAUUUUAGAAAAUUUAACACGUUUUUAGUUAUCAUGUAAAGUCAUAGUGAAGCCUGAAGUCUAUAUAACUAUUUAAAUAAGAUGCCUUCAAAAAUUGAAGUGUUUUGUAAAUUAUCUCUGAACUCCACUGUAUAUAAUUAAAACUGUACAAGUAUACUAUUAGUUUGUAAUGAUCAUAGUACACUGUAAAAUUGACAUUGUUUGUAAUGAGUAUGUGUUACGAUAGUUAUCUAUAUUAGAUUAUAAAUAAAUAUUAUUGUUUGUUAGGUCGAGGCGUCUUAAAAACUUGUGAUAUAACUGUAUAUCUAAUUAUUUAGUGUUCAAAAUAUACUUCACAAAUGACUCGCGACAGGGGCGCGAGCGCGAAAGUGUCGAAUUACAAAAGUACAUACAGACAUAACAUUGGGAGUUGUCGCGUUUUACAUAAUAGUAGAACGUUCUUUGUCGUGUGGGGUCCCGGGGGCUGCAGUUUUUGCAUGAGAAAUUUACAUAAGAGUGAAUCGGGAUUGGGGGGUAACAAGAGUUAGGCGAUAUGCAAAUAUUUUCUUCAAAUUUAAAUGCUUGGUACAAUCGCUGGCAGCGUGUGCGACGUCCUGCGCACGCGCCGCGGGUGUCGCCAUUCUGCUAUUAAUUUAUGUGGAAAUUUUUACGGUCGCCAUAGCGUCUUGAUACGUCUCUGUUGAUCUUUCAAAUGCAAAUAUUACACUUUACGAUAGCAUAUUAUAUAAUAGUCUUAUACUCAAAUUGUAUAUAAUAUACACACCGUUAUUUUGAAGCCGCCUAUUUGCAUAUCGCUUUGUUUUAUAUUAUUUUUGAUUUUAUAUUUGUUAUGUUUGUAUUUAUUUUUGUUUUUUGAUUUUUUUAUUUCUAAAUAUAUUGUUUUGUCAUGUAGAUAUUAUGCAUUAUCACCAGGGCCACUGGUGUGAAUAUUCGAUUUGAUUUAUCCUCAAAUACGACUUCCAUAAUUUUAUUUUAAUUUUGUAUAAUUUAAUUUUUAACUGAUAACUUGCGAUCUGCAUUUAAUGUUAUUAAAAUAAAGUUGUUCUUUAGUUAUUUGAAUACAAAGUCCAGUGCCAGGCCGUGAAGGUUUUGCUUUGAUGUUAAGACGUCACAAUUAAGAAGUGUGAAAGUCUUUUAAACUGAAUAGUAUUAUUAUAAUUAUUAUCUACAGUUAUUAUAUUUGCAGAAUUCGUUGAAAUAAAUGCAAUAUUUAUAUUAUUGAUUUAUGUUUUUUUUCUUUUGUUUCUGAUUCCUUGGUUCCUUUAUCCUGAGUUUAUUAUUAUUAUAUUUUUCUUUUGUUUCUUCAAAGAUAUAGUAACAAAGAACUUAAAAUGAAUAGAUGCUCCUAAGAUAACAGUCUCCAACAAAGAGGUCAAGUAUUUAAAG